CACCAUUAUUUAAGGUAGAAGACGAUAGGGAUCGAAUUCUUUAGUCAGUGAGCAGGCCCUACAACAAGCGAAUCCUAGUUUAUAUCGAAGGCUUAAAAACAAUCCUUGCAAAGAUUUUGCUCACUAUAUAUAUCUGCAAUUGUUAUUCCCUAAUUCCCAACGUCUGAGAUCUGGGUUUACGCUCACAGGGAGGGAGCACUGAAACAUUCGUAAGAUUUAAAUAGCAUGGCGCUGCUGUUUUUCUUUCACUCGAGAGAAAAAUAAGGCAGCUCCGAACUUCUUGGUUACGGUUGCCCACGGGUGACUGCAACUGUAUUUGCCCUGGUCGUCGGGGCUAUAUACCUUGUGAGGUUGCAGUUUCGAAAGCGGCCAAGGCCUCCCCUGAAUAUGGAGCAGUUUAAAGGCUUGCCUAGAUUGCCCACUACUGCAGUUCCACGGCGAUAUGAGUUGGAACUCCGGCCUGAUUUAGAUGCCUGCAAAUUUGACGGAAAAUUGACAAUUACAUUGGAUGUAGUUGAGGAAACGAAGUAUCUGGUGCUCAAUUCUGCUGAUUUGGUGAUCAAGGAUAAAUCUGUUUGGUUGCGUGGCAAGGAUACAACAAAGGUUCUAGUUCCAUCCAAUGUUGGUCUUGAUGCAGAAGAUGAAAUUUUGGUGUUGGAAUUUGAAGAAGCAUUGCCACGUGGUAAGGCAAUUCUGGGCAUUGAAUUUCAGGGAACUUUAAAUGAUCAGAUGAAAGGUUUUUAUCGGAGUACAUAUUUGAUCAAUGGUGAGAAAAGGAACAUGGCAGUUACACAGUUUGAACCGGCUGAUGCUCGUAGAUGUUUUCCUUGUUGGGAUGAACCUGUGUGCAAGGCAACAUUUAAAAUAACAGUUCAAGCACCUGUUGACCGUGUAGUUUUGUCCAAUAUGCCAUCUAUUGAAGAAAAGAUUGAUGGAGCUUCUAAGACUGUGUCAUUUGAAGAAUCACCUCUUAUGUCAACAUACUUGGUGGCAAUUGUUGUGGGGGAAUUUGAUUAUAUAGAAGGAACAAGUGCAGCAGGAAACAAAGUUCGUGUGUAUACUGAGGUUGGGAAGACAAGUCAAGGGAAGUUCGCGCUGGAUGUUGCACUGCUUACACUUCCAUUUUAUGCCAAAUAUUUUGGCACUCCAUAUUCCCUUCCAAAGCUAGAUAUGAUCGCAAUACCAGAUUUUUCUGCUGGAGCAAUGGAAAACUAUGGUUUGGUUACAUAUCGGGAAACUGCAUUGCUCUAUGAUGAAAAGCACUCUGCAGCUGCCAACAAGCAAAGGGUUGCAAUUGUUGUGGCACAUGAGUUAGCUCACCAAUGGUUUGGGAAUUUGGUUACAAUGGAGUGGUGGACUCACCUAUGGCUUAAUGAAGGCUUUGCAACUUGGGUUAGCUAUUUGGCAGCAGAUCACUUAUUUCCAGAAUGGAAGAUUUGGACACAAUUUACUGACCAAACAAUGGAGGCUUUCAGAUUGGAUGGGCUCGUUGAGUCUCAUCCCAUUGAGGUGGAAGUUCACCAUGCCAGCCAAAUUGAUGAAAUAUUUGAUGCUAUAAGCUAUUUAAAAGGAGCUUCUCUUAUCCGCAUGCUUGAGAGCUACUUAGGAGCCCAAUGUUUCCAGAAGGGCCUUGUUUCAUAUAUCAAAAGGUAUGCUUGCAAAAAUGCAAGGACUGAAGAUUUAUGGGCUGUCCUCUCAGAGGAGUCUGGAGAAUCUGUGAAUGAGUUGAUGGACUCUUGGACAAAGCAGAAGGGAUAUCCGGUGGUUAUUGCAAAACGCACGGAUGAUGGUUUGGAGUUGGAGCAGUCCCAGUAUUUGUCAAGUGGUGCACUUGGGGAUGGGCAAUGGGUUGUGCCAAUCACUUUAUGCUAUGGCUCAUAUGAGGUUCGAAAAAAUGCACUCUUACAUGGAAAGGUUGGAGGUGUCAAUCUCUCAGAUUUUAAACUAGUGGAGGCAAGUUCUCAAUCUAGUUGGAUAAAGCUAAAUGUAGGACAGACUGCCUUUUAUCGUGUGCAAUAUGAUGAUGUAAUUGCAGCAAGACUAAGGUCCGCAAUAGCAGCAGGACUGUUGGAUGCUACUGACAGAUUUGGAAUACUGGAUGACACUUAUGCACUAUGCUCUGCCUGUAAGCAGCCACUAUCAGCACUACUUUCUCUGAUGGAUGUUUACAGGCAAGAGUUGGAUUAUACUGUGCUAUCAUGCCUAAUCAAUGUUGGUUAUAAAGUUUCUAGGGUGGUAAGUGAUGCUAUCCCGGAUUCUGCUGCUCAGGUCAAGUUGUUUAUAAUUAACCUUCUUCAGUUUGCGGCCGAGAAACUGGGAUGGGAUCCUAUCGCUGGUGAGAGUCACUUAGAUGCAAUGUUGAGAGGGGAGAUACUGACAGCUUUGGUGGCACUUGGGCAUGAAGAAACUAAACAAGAAGGUCUAAAACGGUUCAAUAUUUUCUUGAACGAUAGAAGCACACAGCUUCUGCCUGCAGAUGUCAGAAAGGCUGCAUACGUUGCUGUCAUGAGAAAUGUCACAGCUUCAGAUAAAUCUGCAUAUGAAUCUUUAUUAAAUGUUUAUAGGGAGACAGAUCUAAGUCAGGAAAAAGUUCGGAUUCUAGGUUCACUCGCUUCAUCUCCAGAUCCUUCUGUUGUCCGUGAAGCUUUAGACUUCAGUAUGUCCCCUGAGGUGCGGAACCAAGAUGCAGUGUAUGUUCUAUUUGGGACUAGCAGUGAAGGGCGUGAAACUAAGUGGCUGUGGUUUAAGGAAAAUUGGGAUUUAAUCUCAAAACGUUGGGGUUCAGGAUUUAUGAUAACUCGAUUUGUCUCAAGUUCUGUAUCUGGGUUUACAACUGAGGAGAAGGCAGAUGAAAUACAGGCGUAUUUUUCAACUCGGAAAAUACCAUCGAUAGAACGGACAGUUAGCCAAAGUAUUGAACGUCUUCGUAUCAAUGCCCAGUGGGUGAAGAAUGUACGGCAAGAGAAAGGUCUAGAGGAUAUACUGCAGGAACUUGCAUACCGGAAAUAUUAAUGUCACCCAUUCCAAUUGAAACCAAUGCAACUGUUUUGCAUUAUGAGUUUCAUCUAAUUUUUUCCCAGAUGUGACUGAGAAGUGGCAAUUCAAAUAAUGUAUUUCUGAUUUUGGAAUAAGGUAUUCUCAGACAUGUAUUUUCAUGGUUGUUCCCAACAUAGAAGAGUACAUAUUGUCUGGGGAUUGAAAGUCUGAACUAUAUGAAACUUUGUCCUUUGAUUUUUUUUUUUCGUGGCCAUUUAGCGGACAGUGGUUGCGGGAAAAUUUGCUUCCACAAGCAAGCCUGUUCUUCUGACUUGAUGAAUAUAUUUCCUCUUAUUGGUUGUUAA